UAACACAGCUGACAGAGUUUGCUCGCAGGUUUUAUUUUUGCAGUGUUCAAACUUUUGGAAACAUUUACAGCGUCAGUGUAUCAAAAUUGCAACAUGUCUCAUUCUGCUGACAUUGAAUCCUUCAGAAGGGCAUUAGAUUGCACGAAGAAGGAAAAUCAAGACCUGCACAAUAUCAUUAAAAAAAUGCAGGAGGAGAAAAGUCAGCUGGAGGACAAGAAUAGUCAGCUGGAGGCCCAAAUUAAAAACCUCCCAGAAAUUUCCUCACAGGACCAACCAGGUCAAGAUCUGCAGUACAAGCCUGACUUGCAGGUCUUAAAUGCCGGUUGGGAGAUUCUGCUUAAACAAUCACAGCAGCAAAUCACAGGCCUGUUGGAAGGAAAGAAAAAAUUGCAACAGCGUCUCAAAAAAUUAGAGAACAUCGCUGAAGAGAAAAAACAGGUGGAAGCAUUAGCUGAUGAGAUGGCAGGCCUGUUUGAAAAAACUGAGGAAAAAAAUGAAGAUUUGCAGAAAAAGCUUGACGAAGCACUGCAAAUGAAUAGACAAAUGAUUAAAGAGAAGCAGCAACAGGAAGCCGAGCACAGGGAGAUGGCUUGCAAGCUUGAAGACGUGAAGGCAAAACACCAAGAGACACAACAGAAGCUUCAAGACGUGGAAAAAAUAGACAAAGAGACGCAACAAAGGCUAGAGGACAAGACCAGACAGCCGGAGGCCAAAAUUAAACACCUCCCAAAAAUUUCCUCACAGGACCAACCAGGUCAAGAUCUGCAGUACAAGCCUGACUUGCAGGUCUUAAAUGCCGGUUGGGAGAUUCUGCUUAAACAAUCACAGCAGCAAAUCACAGGCCUGUUGGAAGGAAAGAAAAAAUUGCAACAGCGUCUCCAAAAAUUAGAGAACAUCGCUGAAGAGAAAAAACAGGUGGAAGCAUUAGCUGAUGAGAUGGCAGGCCUGUUUGAAAAAACUGAGGAAAAAAAUGAAGAUUUGCAGAGAAAGCUUGACGAAGCACUGCAAACGAAUAGACAAAUGAUUAAAGAGAAGCAGCAACAGGAAGCCGAGCACAGGGAGAUGGCUUGCGAGCUUGAAGACGUGAAAGCAAAACACCAAGAGACACAACAGAAGCUUCAAGACGUGGAAAAAAUACACAAUGAGACGCAACACAGGCUGGAGGACAAGACCAGACAGCUGGAGUGCCAAAUUAAAGACCUCCCAGAAAUUUCCUCACAGGACCAAACUGGUAAACAUCUGCAGUACAAGCCUGAAUUACAGGGCUUAAUUGUAGUUUGGGGGAUUCUGCUUAACCAAUCACAGCAGCAUAUCACAGGCCUGUUGGUAAAAAAUAAAAAAUUGCAACAGCGUCUCCAAGAAUUAGAGGGCAUCGCUGAAGAGAAAAAACAAAUGGAAGCGGCAGUUGAUGAGAUGGCAGGCCUGUAUGUAGAAACUGAGGAAAAAAAUAUAAAUUUGCAGAGAAAGCUUGACGAAGCACUGCAAACAAAUAGAGAAAUGAUAAAAGAGAAGCAACAACAGGAAGCCGAGCACAGAGAGAUGAAGUGCGAGCUUGAAGACAUCAAAGCGAAGCAUGAAGAGACACAACAGAAGCUUCGGGAUGUGGAAGAAAGCUAUUCUUCCAAGCUUCAAGAGUUAGAAGAAAAACACAACCAGACAAAAUACAAGCUUAAAGAGCUGGAAGAAAGGUGUGAAGCAACACAACAGAAGCUUCACAAAGGUGAGGAAAAAACUAAAGGUUUGCAGGUAACUCUUGAUGGAGCACUGCAGAGAAAUGCAGAACUGCAAAGAGAGAAGGAGCAACAGGUAGAAGAGAUCAGGCAGGCAAUGAAAGCACAGGAUGAGAAAUAUAAAGACCUGAAGGUAAAGCAUUCUGAAAAGGAGAAAGAGUUAGAAGAACUCCACAAAAAAUGCACCAAACUGGAAGAAGAGAAUGCACAAAUCUUCAGUGAGGUCAAAAGACUCAUCCUCCAAAACAAAGAUUUAGAGGAAUACCGCCAGAAAAAGAAGAGAAAGUGUUUCUUUUCUUUUUUCAGCUGAGGUUCUGCUGCUUCUCCCGCUCAACCUGGAGAAACAUAGGCUGCUCUUCCUCCACCGUUCCUCCAUCUCCUUCAUUUUCCCCUCUCCCAUCUCUUCACCUUUCAGGAGAUUAAAAAAGAAGAAGCGUCACUGGCUGCUUCACCUAAUUGGCCACAAAAUUCACCAACAGCAUGUCCUAAACAUCACAUUUAUAUAAAUAUGUCAUUGAACUUAUCAGUGGUAGGUUAAAAGACCAUUCCUCGUUUCCAUCACGCCCCCCCCAGCCGGUCGCAGCAGAUGGCUGCCCCUUCCUGAGCCUGGUUCUGCCCGAGGUUUCUUCCUUUAAAAAGGGAGUUUUUCCUCGCCACUGUCGCCAAGCGCUUGCUCACAGGGGAUCUUCUGAUUGCUGGGGGGCUCUUUAAACCAAAAACUGAUAAGUUCACUGGCAUCAAAUAUGAGACUCAGCAAAUA